CAGACUUUUUAAUAGGGCUUAUAAAUAGUUUGUCAACAAUUUUUCACUAAUACGCACCUCAACCUACGAGAAUGACCAUUUCACUGGAGUUUGAGGAAUGCAUUAAAGACUCACCUAAGUUUCGAGACUUGGUACACCAAUCAGAGGUUGAUGUUGUGGACUUGGAAUCACAAAUUGAUCGGAUGGUAAAGCAUUGCUCAGUAAUGGUGGAUUCUGGAAAAGUUUACAACAAUGCAUGCAAAGGUUUUAUUGGAAGUGUGAAUGAUGUUGGUUACGCCUCAACCGAUGAUGCUUUUGUGCAGGGUACAUUAAAGAGAUUUACAAGCACGAUGUCGGAACUCUCCAGUUUCCACACGAUGUUGUUUGAUCAAGCACAGCGUUCAGUAAGAACACAAUUAAACAACUUUUUAAGAGAGGAGGUUAAACCUACCAAAGAUUUAAAGAAAACCUUCGACAAAGUUUCUGAUGAUUAUCUUUCCUCACUUAACAAACAUGCUGCUGCCAACAAACUUAAACCAAACGAGGUUGAAGACACAAAUUCUGUUCUAACUUCAUCAAGGAAUUGUUUCAGGAGUGUGGCCAUGGAUUAUGUAUACCAGAUCAAUAUGCUGCACAAAAAGAAGAAGUUUCAGAGUGUUGAUAAGAUUCUGUCAUACAUGCACGCACUCUUCACUUUCUUCCAUCAAGGAUAUGAUUUGUUAAAAGAUUUGGAACCGUAUAUGAAAAGUGUGUCUGGCCAGCUUGAAGAAAUGUGCAAGAGACACGAAGAAAGUAGAAAGUCAAUGAUUGUUGAACAAGAAAGACAUCAGUCCAUGACUGGUGAUAGUGGAAUGUACAUGACUUGUGUUAACAAUGCUAUUGUUAUUGAGGGACAUCUAUUUAAAAGAGCAAGCAAUGCAUUUAAAACUUGGAACAGACGUUGGUUUACCAUCAAGGACAACAAACUUUUCUACCAAAAGAAAAAGGAUGAUCUCACUGUUGUUGUGGACGACAUUCGUCUCUGCACUGUUCGCUUAACUGAAGAAACAGAGCGAAGGUUUUGUUUCGAGGUUGUCCUUCCUGGGAAGAGCUUCCUCCUUCAAGCUGAGUCGGAUGACGCGAGGACAGCUUGGAUUAAAGCCAUCCAGUCAAGUAUCGGAGCUGCGUUUAAGGACACGAUGGAGGAAACAAACUCUCAGCAAAUAAUGAGUCUUCCAGUAAACAAGAUUCUUACUCCUGUCUCCACGGCUGCGUCGCUCUCACGAACUUCUUCAUCUUCAUCUUCCAACAGCAACUUGUCGAAUGAGACAACAUUGAACAAAAAAGAAACCAAAAGUGGAGAAAACACAAAUCCAACAUCUUUCUUGGAGGAAGGAGCAAAUAAUGUGAUGUCAAAAAUUUAUCAAGUACCUGGAAAUAAAACUUGCGCUGACUGUGGAAAAGCAGAGCCAAGAUGGGCAAGCAUAAGCCUUGGUAUUACUUUAUGUAUUGAAUGUAGUGGAUGUCAUCGGAGUCUUGGUGUUCAUAUUUCUAAAGUUCGAUCGCUGACAUUGGAUCAAUGGGAACCUGAAGUGGUCAAGGUGAUGCUUAAACUUGGCAACAGUCGAGUGAAUGAAAUCUACACAGCGAACGCAACGUCCGAUGAUCAAAUCAAACCUGGUUCCUCUAAUGAUAGCCGGUUGGCAUUCAUCCAAGCAAAAUACGUUGACCGUAAGUUUGCAAUGCCACUUCCUAAAGCCCUUGGUCCGCAACCAGCUUACCACGGAGCUACGGGAAGAAGACUAACAAGGUGGACAGUGAGUAAAAGAAAGAGGACUCGUCCGUCACCCAAUAGAUCACCAAACAGACCACGGUCGCCUAAGCCAGCAGUUCAAAUCCACAUUGAGCCGGUUGAUGGGGGUGGGGGUGAUGCUGUUUCUUCACAAGGGGAAGAUGAAACAGAUGAUCGAGAUGAUAUUAUCGUGUUCGGACAUUCUGUCGCUUCUGAUGGGAAAGAAUACGAAGAAACCGAGAUUUGUAAAUUGGAAAAUCUUCAUCCAGAUUUAUUGUUGUACAGAGCAACAGAAGCUGCCAACUUACCAGUUAUGUUGUUGGCGAAAUGUAACAAAGCAAAAGUAAAUUGGAUGAAUGAUGCUGAUGAGGGGAAAACUGCUCUCAUGCAAGCUGCUAUUGUGGGUUCAGUCCCAGCAUGUGAGUUCAUGUUGGCCAACGGAGCUAAAAUUGAAACAUUUGAUUGGAAGAAGAGAACUGCUUUACAUUAUGCUGCAUUACACAAUCAUACAAGUGUUGCUUGUCAAUUGUUAAAACGUCGAAUGGAUUUAAAUGCAGUUGAUGAGGAUGGUAAAAGUGCUCUAGAUAUCGCUGUGGAUGAAGCUAAUGCGGAUAUAGUUACAUUAAUUCGUUUAAAGAAAAUGAGUGAUGAGAUGAAAGAAGACAACUCAUCCACAUCACAAACGGAUGCGCUUGUGACCGACGUCUUCCGUGAUUUUUCUCAACGAACUUUCCCGAACCUUCAUUCCCCCGAUCCAUCGGAUGCAAACCAGAAGUUCAACAUCCUUGGAGCAACUCUCCUCACUCCAGAAACACGCCAAACAACAUCCACAGAUGAUCCCGCAUCUUCUGCCGGAUCAGUGUCCUCGGAGAAGAAGACUUUACAUCUGAUGAGUGAUGAAGAGCCAAAUGUUGAAUCGACUGUAUGAAAAGUUUAUCAUACUGUAAAUCCUGAACCAAUUCUUACUACACAUACCAGUUCCUGUUAAAGCCGGUAAAGACGUAAUUUUUCAACCAAUGUUUUAUUAAAACUUCUUUGAUGCCAUUUUUACAUUAACAUGAUUUUAAAACUGAUAUUUUUUCUUUUGCUUCAUAUGACGGCAACAUGUAAAGUGAAUAAUUUAUGUGUUUUAUUAAAUGAUUUACUUCUUUGAUCCGAGUGCAAUCUAUUUCUAACUAUUUGUAUGUUUGUGUUGUAAUUCGUCUUCAAUGUGUGCACUAAAUUUUCCAAAAUCGGCAAUUGCAAGCAUUUUCUUUCCAGCGAAACAAAUUAAUUUUAUUGUAAAAUUGUAUACUUUGCCUCAGCACAUGUGAAAAAUAUCUGAUUGAACUAAAUCUAGUGUUUAUUUGUUUCCCUUGUGUUCACUUUUAGUGUCUGAUAUUUGGUGGUUAGGAACCUUCAAACAUUUGAUUUCUAUUUACUGCAUACUUUGUGUCGUUCAACGUUUUCACCGAAUAUUCAAGUUUGUCGCGCUCAGUAUUAAAAUGUUUCAUCCAAAGG